GAGGGCUCCGACGCAAGUCCAGCCCAUCAGAGUGGCGGGGGACAGACUCGCUCCCGACUCAUGCAGGCAGCGUGCAAUCAGAGAAAACGACGAAGGCUGAAGCAGCGAAAUCCAGCGUUCUCACGAAGGAGCUGCACUCCUCGUUGAGCCGAUCAAACAGGGAAAGCUCAUACAGAGAAGACCGAAUUCGAGUCUGAAGAGGAAGCGCAAGAAUGACGGGCAGGGCCUUCGCCGCCUCUUCAAUGGCAGUGGCUGCUCUCUGUAGGAGGCCCCACAGAUUCAAGAAUCUCCUCCCCAUUGCUCUCCCCCAUGUCCCUCUGCGCCAUUUUCACUCUCCCAGUAGCUUGGAUGAUGUUCUGUUCAAGGUUUUCAGACAGAAACUCGAUAUUCAGCCUCUCUGUGAUGCAAAAAGGCUGUCCUUGGCUGGGUGUCUACAAGCUCAUUGGCAUCCAUUCUCUAAUGUGGUGGACAAAGGUGUAGAGCUGCCAAACCAUUCUGAAAGCAGCGGCACAGUAGAUGAACCUGGUGAAACUAAAUCGAGGAGGAAAAAGCUGAAGGGGAAAAGAGCCGUCAUCAGGUGGCUUAAAUUUUUUAGAUGGAAGAAGAAGAAAGAGUAUGGAAGGAUGACAGCAGAAGAGAAGAUUUUAUUCAAGCUCAGAAAGGCUCGAAAGAAAGAGGAGAGGCUUGUGGAAGCUUUGAAAAAGAUUGAACCUGCAGAAUCAUCCGAACCAACCCAUGAUCCUGAGAUAUUGACUCCGGAAGAGCACUUCUUCUUUCUGAAGAUGGGCCUUAAGUGCAAGAAUUAUGUCCCAGUUGGGCGAAGGGGAAUUUACCAAGGUGUAAUACUUAACAUGCACUUGCAUUGGAAGAAGCACCAGACGGUGAAAGUGGUGGUGAAAACCUUCUCGCCAGAGGAGGUUAAGGAGAUUGCUGCUGAACUCGCUAGAUUGACCGGAGGAAUAGUUCUUGACAUUCAUGAUGAAGACACUAUAAUUAUGUAUCGAGGGAAGAAUUAUUGUCAGCCGCCAACAGAAAUAAUGUCGCCUAGGAUCACUUUGUCGAGGAGGAAGGCAUUGGAUAAAUCCAAAUACAGGGAUGGUUUAAGAGCAGUUAGAAAGUAUCUUCCAAGACUUGAACAGGAUCUUGAGUUGCUUGAAGCACAGGCUCAAAACAAAGUUGAGGUUAAAAAAGAGGCGGAUGGUGAAAUCCAGGCAACAGAUAUUGGAGGCAUAUCUUCCACGGGAAAAUCGAAAUUGCAGCUGGCGAAUUCCGAGAAGCUGAGAGAAAUUUUGGGUGGAAAUGAUGAAUCGGUUGACGAUGACUCUAACAUGGAGUCGGGUGUAGAAUCAGAUUCAGAAGAUUUAUCUGAUAUUUUCGAGACGGAAACUGAGGCUGAUUCUGAGGACAAGAGGGAAGAGGACCUGUUUCUGGACAUAUUCGAUAAGUUUCCUGUGGAAACUGCCAGAGAGCCCGAGGAUUUUGAGGAUCACUUGCGUCAAAUAUCUGUGGAUACAAGAAACGCGAAAACAUUAGGAAAAGAUGCCGACUCUCCUGACCUUGAUGAGGUCGACAGGUUGUUUCUGCGUGCAGCUUCGCUGUUGAAGAAAAGGAAAAGAUAGUAUCGCCAAUUCAGUAAAGUCUGCAGCAUAAACAUUGUAGAGCAUACUACCCUAGUGCACUUCAAGUCUUAGCUAUCUGGUGUGGUCAAAAGAUGCAUUUCUAAGGUCAGCUGGUAGCUUUGGUUGAGGGGCACUUAAAGUUGGAUUAAUCUGACAUGCUUCUUGUUAUUGCUCUGCAAACAGAACUGGUAACGGCAUCAUAUAUAUAUGAUAGAAAUUCGGCUUUGUUUUGUGAAGCUGCAAAUGCCGAGCUUUGUGAGGAUUAGGAGAGAAUGAUACGGGAGGUUUUGCUAUUUGGUCCUGCUUUCCUUUGCUCUGCUUUUGCCAAGCCACUUGGGGCAAGCACAUGUCGAAAUUCAAAUGUUCGAUGGCAAAACCGAACCAUCGUGGUCUCGCCGUUGUAUUUCACUGAUGAUUGUGCAGUCAGACCAUAUGUAUGGGGGAACCGGAUUGAAAUAAGCCCUUGCUCAUUCAACAAAUGCAAUCGUUUCAUUCUCUCCA